CUGUCUUUUAAUAUGUGGCACAACAGAUUUGGCAUUUUGUGCAUAGAUGUUUUUGCCAACUGCUCACCAAUGACUUCGUGGUGAGGUCAGUGGGGUAAGAGCCACCCCUGUGCCCAACAAUCUUCCCCCAAACUGGCAUGAGAAUGGUGGAGGCAUCAUCGGAUACACGGGGAAGUCCAGUCUCUGAUUAAGCCAUGUACCUUGCACUAAGCCCGCACACUUGUGUGGCAAUACUGGGUGCUGCCUUCCAAGCAUGCAGUCAUAAGAUCCAUGUUUAUGUUACCCAUCUCAUACUGUACUCCUGCCAGUUACACUCACAUGACACAGCCAAUCAUUCAUGGUCAUUCGUUAGCAGUGGUACCCUCCUAGACCAUACAAGGUAUGGCCAUGUAUGGAUGCCUUUACAGUUGUGUAUCUUCACACAAAAGCAAUGCAGUGGGGCAAUGGAAAAGAGAAUAAGUCCCAGUGUGCAAAUGGAUGGGGGCUUUCCAUUAUCAUAGACCCCCCAUACACAUCUUCUAAAAAUGUCAGGGUGUCACCUUACUGGGGAUAUUUAUAACUGUGAUGAAUUCGUUCGGAGCGGGGCACUCCCUCACCCUGACUCUACCUUCUAAGCUCUCUCUCUUUCUCUUUCUCUCUCUCCCUCUCUCUUUGGACGUACCAUGUGACGGUGUCUGCACUUUGAUCCCCUGUUCUGCCCUACAUGUGGGUGAGGUGGAGCUUCCAUGUUCUUCUGCAGUAGACCUGGGUGAAGAGACACUUCAGCCGGAGAGCCUCUGUCCGUCCGUCCGACCUCCCAUCCACCCAACCCCUCGAUCUCAGGACUGUCCGCAGCCCCCAUGAUCCAGCACCCGAACCCGCCGCCCGCAAGAUCCUAAAACCUUCUCCCAAUCACCCCUCCUAAGACAUCUUAGGAACCCUAACCCUCGGAAAGGAACCCUUCAGAAGGUGGUUGGUUUUCCUUUCUUUUUCCACAAGUUGCUCUCUCUUCUCCUUCAGUAAAAAGGGGCGUGCAAGGAAAACGGCAAUGGCUCAGAAACUGGACGCGCUGGAGGGCGAGACGGCGGUCCUGACGCUGCUGGAGCGCGUGGCGGGCAUCAUCGACAACGUCCAGGCGUGCCAGACGCGCAUGGAGGAGCGGCAACUGGAGCUGGAGGCCUGCGUCAAGACCAUCCAGUCUGACGUGGCCAAGCUGGCCAAGGACCACACGGUCACCAACAGCGUUGUGGAGAAGCUGCUGGACAAGACGCGCAAGGUCAGCUGCCACAUCAAGGACGUGCGCGUGCGCGUAGAGAAGCAGAACGACCGGGUCAAGAAGGUGGAGGAAACCCAGAGUGAGCUCCUCAUGAAGAAUAAGUUCAGGGUCGUCAUCUACCAGGGUGACAAAGAAGUCCGGGAAGUGACAGCCGCUAAGCCAGCCCCCAAGGAAGCCACCCCAGAUGCCAAAGAGGAAGCAGUUGAAGCCCCAAUAGACUCCGACGAGGAGUACAUGGUGGUGCAGGAGGGCGACUCGGCCUCCGCAGCCACCCGCAUGAAGAAGUCGGGCCUGAAGCGCAUCGAGAGCAUGAAGGCCACCUUCUCACGCGAGAACAUGAGCAAGACCAAGGAGAACUUGGGCACCAACUUCAACAAGCUGGGCGAGCGCAUCGUGAGCACCGAACGUCGCGAGAAAAUCCGCCAGUCCGGCGAGCGCAUGAAGCAGUCGGGCCAGCACCUGAAGGAGACCAUCACCAAGAACGUGCCGGAAAAGCUGAAGCUGAAGAAGGAGAGGACUGUGGCCGAGGGCCAGGAGGGAGCGGAGGGCUCUACGGAGGGGGCCGCACCCGUGGCCCCGCCCAAGGGCCGCAAGGCCAAUGACGUCGCCUACAACGAGGUGGCAUUAGAAAAGGAGGAGGAAGCUGAGGGAAAAGGAGAGGAAUCGGAAGUGCCGAUGUACGACAUGAAGCAUCUCUCCUAAACAGGGAACGACGCAGGGGAGA